AUGGGGUUGCUAGUUCGCUCACUGGGUUCAAACGAGAAUGAGAAUAUGGUCAAACCCAAAAAGAGCUCGACCGGUCCUCGAAGGGCACUCAGGGUUGUUUCCAGCAGUGAGGUGAACAAACAGGUGCGUUCUUUGUCCACCAAAGAAGCUCAGUUCAAGAGAGAGUCAAUCAAAACAGACGGCGUCUCUACGGUGGACGAGUACGAUGACGAAACUGAGGACGACAUGGUUCUGGAAGACGAGGAGGUGAAGCAGCAACAGCAAAACUCGACAGAUGAUGAAGGCGAAGAAGACGAGGGGUUCCAAGUGUUGGAGGAGAAAGUGGAGCCCAUGUCACCCAGAUGGGAUGCCAGUAUUGAAGCCGAGCUCACAGCUGUGGUGAGGAAGUUUUUCCGCGAAGACCCAGACCCGAGAGACGAGGACACAUGGGACGUGUCCAUGGUGGCUGAAUAUGGCCCUGAAAUUUUCAACUACAUGCGCGAUCUGGAGAUGAAGUACGCUCCAUACUCUCACUACGUGCCUGAUAUCCAGUCAGAGAUCACGUGGGAGAACAGAGCCACCCUGAUGAACUGGAUCGUCCAAGUGCACGCUCGUUUCAACUUACUACCAGAGACAUUAUUUCUCGCUGUUAAUCUGAUCGACCGGUUUCUUUCGAAACGGGCCAUUUCGCUUUCGCGGUUCCAGCUAUGUGGAGCCAUUGCUUUAUUCAUUGCUGCAAAAUAUGAGGAGAUCAACUGCCCUUCUGUGCAACAGAUGGCGUACAUGGUCUCGAACGACUAUACCAUCGAGGAGCUGCUUAAGGCAGAGAGGUUUAUGAUCAACGAGCUCCAGUUUGAGAUGGGCUACCCGGGACCUAUGUCGUUCCUUAGACGUACCUCUAAAGCUGACGACUACGACAGCGAGACCAGAACACUGGCCAAAUACUUUCUAGAGAUUACCAUCAUGGAUCCGAGGUUUGUGGCGUCUCCUCCCAGCUGGCUAGCGGCAGGAGCGCACUAUCUUGCCCGCAAGAUGUUGCACCACGGCAAAUGGACCGAGGAACACGUUUUCUACAGUGGUUACUCGGAAGCACAACUGAAGCCAUUGGCCGAUGUGCUUAUUGACAAUUGCAUUGACUACAAAAACAACCACAAGGCGAUCUUCGACAAGUACUCCGAAAGACGAUUUAAACGCAGUGCGAUCUUUGUCCAGGAGUAUCUAAGAGAGUCGCUACAAUAUUGA